AUGGCGUCCAUGUUUGAGCAGCCUCGGAACGGCACCUUGUUCCUCGGCGGCCAAAAGAUCUCCGGCUCCGACAUUCGCGACCAAAACGUGCUGGCUACCCAAGCGAUUGCCAAUGUGGUGAAAAGUUCUUUCGGCCCCAGCGGCCUCGACAAGAUGAUGGUCGACGACAUCGGUGACGUGACCGUGACCAACGAUGGCGCCACGAUCCUCAGCCUCCUCGACGUCGAGGAUCCCGCCGGCAAGAUCCUCGUCGACCUCGCCCAGCAGCAGGACAAGGAAGUGGGCGACGGCACGACGUCGGUCGUGCUCAUCGCCGCCGAGCUUCUGCGAAGGGGCAACGAGCUGAUGAAGAACCGCAUCCACCCGACAACCAUCAUCACCGGCUACCGAUUAGCCCUGCGAGAGGCCGUCAAGUACCUCAACGAAAACAUCAGCAUCAAGGUCGAGAACCUCGGGCGGGACUCGCUCAUGAACAUCGCCAAGACGUCCAUGUCCAGCAAGAUCAUCGGCGCCGAUUCCGACUUCUUCGCGAGCAUGGUGGUCGAUGCCAUGCUGGCGGUCAAAUCGACCAACAAUCGAAACGAGACCAAGUACCCCGUCAAGGCCAUCAACAUCCUCAAGGCCCACGGCAAGGGCGUCCGCGAGUCGACCUUGAUCAAGGGCUACGCUCUCAACUGCACCGUCGCCUCGCAAGCCAUGCCGACCAUCGUCAAGGACGCGAAAAUCGCCCUCCUGGACAUGAACCUGCAGAAGGAGAGGAUGAAGAUGGGCGUUCAGAUCACCGUCGACGACCCCCAACAACUGGAGCAGAUUCGCGCGCGCGAGUCCGGCAUGGUCCUCGAGAGGGUCGACAUGAUCCUCAAGGCCGGCGCCAACGUCAUCCUGACGACCAAGGGCAUCGACGACUUGUGCCUGAAGAUGUUUGUCGAGCGCGGCGCCAUGGGCGUGAGGAGAUGCAAGAAGGAGGACCUGCGACGCAUCGCGAGAGCCACGGGCGGCACCCUCCUCAGCACUCUGUCCGACCUCAACGGCGACGAGAAGUUUGACCCCUCCUACCUGGGCCAUGCCGAGGAAGUCGUCCAGGAGCGCAUCUCGGAUGACGAGUGCAUCCUCGUCAAGGGAACCAAGGCCUUCUCCUCGGCCUCUUGCAUCCUGCGCGGGCCCAACGACUUUACGCUCGACGAGAUGGAGCGGUCCAUCCACGACUCGCUCUGCGCCGUCAAGAGGACGCUGGAGAGCGGCAGCAUAGUUCCCGGCGGCGGUGCCGUCGAGACGGCCCUGCACAUCUACCUCGAGGAGUUUGCCGGCACCGUCGGCUCCCGCGAGCAGCUGGCCAUCGGCGAGUUCGCACAGUCCCUCCUCGUCAUCCCCAAGACUCUCGCCGUCAACGCGGCCAAGGACAGCGCCGAGCUCGUCGCCCAGCUGCGAUCCCGGCACGCCCUCUCACAACGAACCCAGGAGGGCGACGGCAGCGAGGACGAGAAGAUCAUCGCCAAGAAGAAGGGCUACAAGAACUACGGCCUCGACCUGAUGCGCGGAAAGGUGGUGGACGAGCUGAAGCUCGGCGUGCUCGAGCCCAGCAUGAGCAAGGUGCGGCAGCUCAAGAGCGCCGUCGAGGCUUGCAUCAGCAUCAUGCGGAUCGAUACCCUCAUCAAGCUGGACCCGGAGCAGAGGCAGGAUGACGGCCACGACCAUUAG